UAUUGAGUCGUUCUACGGUAGAUGAAAUCAUGGUUCACAGAGGGUUGCGUCUUUCCGACUGGAUAUUUCUCUUUUCAUGAUACUGAGCACAUCCUCAAGACGUGAUUAGUUCCAUUUGUCUUUUUCCCAUUCCCUUUCUCGCCCGCACUUCAUUCCGCCCGCCAUGUCUAGAAAUCUUGUGCGCCAGCUUUGUAUAAGGCCAAUUCCCAGCCACAAAGCCCGCGUGAGACCCUCAGGUGGCUGCCAUACAUUCUCUUCGACGGCCCGCCAAAGAAUCAUGGAAAUGUCAGGCUUUACCGAGAACCAAUUGCUUGUUAGGGAGACAGUACGCGACGUGUGCUUGCAGUUCCCAAAUACAUACUGGCAAGAGCGCGAUCAGACCGAAGAAGAUCCCAAGGAGUUCCAUGCCGCGCUGGCGGAAGGUGGAUGGCUGGGAAUCGCCUUGCCGGAAUCGUUGGGCGGCACCGGACUGGGUAUAUCUGAAGCUACUAUGAUGAUGCAAACCAUCACCGAGUCAGGCGCAGGUAUGGCUGGCGCCCAGUCUAUACACGCAAAUGUUUAUGCAACUCAGCCCCUAGCCAAGUUUGGCACAAAGGAACAAAAAGAAAGCAUAAUACCCAAAAUCAUAUCGGGGGAAUGGCGAACAUGCUUCGGAGUAACAGAGCCUAACACGGGGCUUGAUACCACGAGGCUGACGACCUUCGCCGAGAAGCAAGACGACGGUUCGUACAGCGUCUCUGGGCAGAAGAUAUGGAUCACUUGUGCCCAGGUCGCGAGGAAGAUGAUCCUGCUCGCCCGAACAACCCCUCUGGAAAAAACAAGGAAGCCCAGCCAGGGCAUCUCCCUGUUUUGCAUCGACCUCGACAGGAGCGCGCCGGGCCUCGAGAUGCGCAGGAUCAAGAAGAUGGGCGGGCGCGCUAUCGAUGCCAACGAGGUCUUCUUCGAGAACUACAAGAUCCCCGCGAACACGCUGAUCGGGCAAGAGGGCCAUGGCUUCAGAAUGAUCCUACACGGCCUGAAUGCUGAGCGGUGCCUGCUCGCGGGCGAGGCGCUUGGUUUGGGCUACGCGGCGCUCAAGCGGGCUGCCGAGUAUGCGCGUAAUCGUAUCGUCUUUCAGCGGCCCAUCGGCAUGAACCAGGGAAUCGCGCAUCCCCUCGCCGACGCUUACAUGAAGCUCGAGGCGGCCAAGCUCGCGACGUACCACGCCGCGAGGCUCUACGACAACAGCAGGACGGACUCCUCCAUCCGGCAGGACGCCAUCGGCGUCGCGGCUAAUAGCGCCAAGUACCUCGCGGCCGAGGCGGCGUUCACGGCGUGUGAGCGGGCAGUCAUGACACAUGGCGGCAUGGGCUAUGCGAUGGAAUACGAUGUCGAGCGCUGGUUGCGGGAUUGCUUCGUGCCGAGGAUCGCGCCAGUCAGCCGCGAGAUGAUUUUGAACUAUAUAAGUGAAAAGGUGCUGGAGCUGCCGAAGAGCUAUUAAAUCGAGGAUGAAUAGGUAAGACAGGUAUGGCGUUCACAUUGUUCAUAUAAUAUCCACGUAGCGAAUUUUUUGACCCAGCGAUAUUGGUCCUUUAUAUUGGUUCUUCUCCUGGGGACACCAUUCCU